AUGUUGGCAUUUCAAUCACUUGGCAUAGUCUAUGGUGAUAUCGGCACGUCUCCACUUUAUGUGUUCACAGGUAUCUUUGAUAUCUUUGGUACUCCAACGGACUCACGUGAUGUUAUUGGAAUUCUUUCCAUGAUUAUAUGGUCAUUGACAAUUGUGCCAUUGGUUAAAUACGUGUUCAUCGUGAUUAAGGCGGACGAUAACGGAGAAGGUGGGACAUUAGCUCUUUAUUCUUUAUUAGCACGUCAUUCUGGUCUUGCAAUUCAUGGAGAAACAAGAAAGGAUGAUUUAAAUAUUUCAAAUUAUGACGCGGUCUCUAUACGUAGUAAUAAAAAUAACUUUAUUAAGAGAAGCAAAAAAGUUCAAGGCGUUUUGCUGUUUUUAGUCAUCUAUGGGGCCUCAUUAGUAUUGGGUGAUGGUUUGCUCACUCCUGCAAUUUCAGUCCUUUCUGCAGUCGAAGGACUGGAAAUUCAAGUACCUAUGUUACUUUUUAUUGGACAACAAUACGGUACAGAUAAAGUAAGCAAGUGCUUUGCACCAAUAAUUUUGCUUUGGCUGAUAUCUAUUGCUUCGAUCGGUAUCUGGAAUAUAACUGGACGUCCGGAAGUAAUAAAAGCAUAUAGCCCUCAUUACAUGUUUGACUAUUUUACUCGUUCAGGCUUGAAAGGCUUUGAAGUGCUUGGAGGAGUGUUACUUGCACUCACCGGAGCUGAAGCACUUUAUGCAGACUUAGGACACUUUAACAAGCGCGCUAUUGAAUUAUCGUUUAUCCCAUUGGUUUAUCCACCACUAGUGCUUGUGUAUAUGGGACAAGCAGCAAGAAUAAUUGAUGAUCCAACAGUUGUCAAAAAUACUUUUUGGAAGACAAUUCCUCAAACAGGGUUCAUCUAUUGGUUCAUUUUUGUGCUUGCAAUUCUUGCUACUAUUAUUGCAUCUCAAUCGUUGAUUUCUGCUACAUUUACGGUGAUUCAUCAAGCAAUGCGAUUGGAUUGUUUUCCGAAAGUAAAGAUUAUUCAUACAUCUAGUCAUCAUCGAGGACAAAUUUAUAUUCCAGAGAUUAAUUGGAUUUUGAUGGUGUUAGUUUUGGCAGUUGUCAUUGCCUUCAAACACUCAGCAAAUCUAACAACUGCAUUUGGUGUCGCUGUCGCGUCUGUGAUGCUUAUUACCACAUUCUUACUUACGAAUGUGAUUCACGUCGUUUGGAAAUUUCACCCAGCUUUUUCCAUAGCCUUUUUAUUGAUUUUUGGGUUAAUUGAUGGCGCAUUUUUAAGUUCAACCUUACGAAAAAUACCAGACGGUGGUUGGUUUACCUUAGUUUUUGCGGUAGUUGUUGCGAGUGUAAUGGGUAUUUGGAAAUGGGGUACAACUCUUCGGGUAGAAUACGAAUCGAAAAAUAAAACAAAACUUGGUGAUUUAUUUAUGGACGAUGAGUAUUCGGGAACAACGUCGUCGGAAAAUAGUAGUAUGCAAAUCAUCAAUGGCAAUUCUCAAAAUGAAGCCACUACAUCAACUGCAAUCGCGUCAACCACAAUCACGAUACAACCACCUCAAAGAAUUCAACUGCGAUUAUUGGAAAGCGGAUUAAAAGUUCAACGGUUGCCCGGAAUCGGCCUGUUUUAUCAAGAUUCAGGUCUGGGUAUCCCAUUGACAUUUAGUCACUUUAUUCAGCAUCUACCAGCUGUUCCGGAAACACUGAUCUUUAUCUCAAUACGACCAGUCGCCGUUCCAUAUGUAGGUGAGGAAGAUCGACUAGUAGUGCAUAGAGUCGGGCUCUACGCCGGAAUUUACAAAGUUAUUGCAAGAUACGGGUACAUGGAACCUAUCUCCCAAUCACAUGAUUUUAUCAGAAAACUCAUCAAGGUUAUUCGUACUAUUGAUUCCGAACAAGAAUCGCUAAAACCGGAAGCACAUCCUGAAGAUCAAGCUAUCACUUAUGUUCUUAGUCAACAGAAAAUCCUUCCUGGUGCUGGCAAUUGGUUGAGGAAAGCGGCGUUACAGUUUUUUGUGUUUUUGAUGAAUAAUUCUAGAGUGCCGUAUAGUAACUGGAAUAUUCCUUCAGGAGAUAGUAUUGAUGUCGGGAUGUGUAUACCUUUGUAA